GGUGGCCCCUUACUACCCCCAUCAGCAAUAACAAGCUGUGGUGGCUGCUGUUCUCCACAUGGUGAUUCUCACAUCUAGGACUCGCCUAUAUUUUAUUUCAUUUCUUUUCGAUUUUUUUUUUUUUUGCAUAGAAGGAAUCAGGAAGAGCGAGAUAUACUGAACGUUUGAGCAUAGCAGCUGGCGUUAAUGUAACACAAUGCCUCGCCGGAAAAUUGGUCGUUUGUCUAAGCGCAAUCGCAUUGAAGCCAGAGCCAAACAAGCACUGGAGGCAAAACUUCCUCAGUGUUUCAUCAUUGCUCGAGGAAAUGUUGGGAAAACUGUGAAGAAUCUCACAAUGGAUUUCCGGAAAGUGAUGGAACCGAAUACAGCUUCCAAACUCAAACAAACCAAGAGAAAUAAAAUCAAGGACUUUAUAGCAGUAGCAGGACUGUUAAAUGUUACCCACUUAGUUAUAUUCUCGGAGACCAGUGUUGGCGUGUACCUCAAAGUGUGUAGACUGCCUCAUGGACCUACACUAACUUUCAGAAUAAACAACUUUGCAAGAAGCAAGGAUGUUUUAUCACGUGCAAGGAAACAAAAUGUAUUUAGUGUUCAGUGUGUAAUAGGGCCAUGCUUCAUGACCAAUCUUCAGCCUGCGGAGGGAGACCUACACCUGCAGCUCUCAGCCAAGAUGUUUUUAGACAUGUUCCCAACCAUUACACCAAACCAGAUUAAAGUAGAGUCCAUUCAGAGAUGUUGCUUGAUAAAUUAUGACUUUGAAGAAGAAAUCUUUGACUUCCGCCACUAUUCUAUUCGGGUGGUGCCAGUUGGUAUUUCAAAGGCUGUAAAAAAACUCACUAAGAAAAAAUUGCCUGAUUUGAGUAACUUCAGUGACAUAUCAGAGUUUAUGAAUAACGCUGGAGUACUUUCCGAGAGUGAAGCUGAAGAUAACCCUUCAUCACAAGUUACAGUUGAUGUCAAGGUACCAUGGAAAAAAUUAAAGCAACAGCAAUCUUCAGUUAGGUUGUCCGAACUUGGCCCAAGAAUGACCCUGAAGCUUUUGAAAAUAGAAGAAGGACUUUUAGAAGGCAAAGUUCUGUACAACUGCAAUGUUAAAAAAACUGAUGAAGAAAAAUUACAACUUGAAAAGAAAAUACGAUUGAAGAAGCAGUUGAAAUUGAAAAGAAAAAAGGAGCAGGAACAGCAUAUUGAAGCUAAGAAGAAGAAACAGGAUGAACACAAGAAGAAGUGUCUUGAGGGUAUGGGAUUCAUCAAGAAUGAGAAAGAUAACCAAGAAAAAAUAGAAGAGCAAAACACUGAUGGUUGGGAAGAUGUUGAAGAUGACGAUGCUCAGUAUUACAGAGAUGAAGUUGGUGAGGAGCCUGAUGCAGAUCUCUUCAAUAAACCAGGAGGGACAAAAAAGAGGAGACUGGGAGGUGAUGGAUCAUUCAGAAAGAAGUUCAAGAGUAGUGAUAAAAAUGAGAAAAAAGAUGAAAAUUUGACAUUUUCCAAGGAUAAAGAAGGAAAGAAUAAAUUUGAAAGAAAAGAUGUCAAGAAAAGUGCAGUAAAAACCAAAUUAAAGAAAGAAAAAUUGAAGGGGAAGAAAAAGCUACAUGGGAGAAAACUUGGCAAGAAAUCAAAGAAGAAUCAUUGAAAUUUUAUUCCAUUACUUGUGGGAUUUAUGCAUUUGAAAUUUAUUAUGAAGGCUUAAAUUUCUAUUACAUUUGUGAUUGCUGUAUGGUCAUUAUUUUUAAUCUUCCAGGAAUAUUGUCAUAAUACCAUAAUAUUUCUAUUUAAAACAGUGAGAGACUUAAUGGUGUCUGUUAAUUUUAAAAAUUUAAAUAUUUGUAAAUGCAUAUUUUAUGCAAAUUAUAAGACUGAUUUCCAUUAUAUAGUUAAAAAAAAUAUUUUUAUAUAAUUAGUUUCCAAUGCCCCAUCUCAUCAAAGAGAAGUUAAUGUACAGUAUCAGUAUCUAUGAAAUACAUUAUUGUUACUGGAUAUUGUAUUCCAGGAAAAGAGGAAAGUGGUAAACAUGUAGGAAUCAUAUGGUACUUGGAGGAAUGGGAGGCAGUCAGGUUUGAUCCAAGGAAAGUGAGGAUAGGUCCAGUUCCAUAGAUCAAGAGCCUUACAUCAUCAUCAAGGCACCUUAGAUAUAAAUAUUGCAUAAAAUUAGCAUAAGAUUAAUUCACAAAUAACUUGCAUAGAAAGAGAUUUGGUAAUAAGUAAUACAGUGGAACCUCUA